AUGGUCCGCAGAUUUCAUAGACUGCGCAUCGUUGUGCUAAAAUGCUACACCCCCAGUGCAAAACUGGUGGUGUCACACGGUGACCUAGAUGAUUGGUUCCGCGUCCUUUUAUCUGGAGCAGCUGAACGAUAUGCUACGAAUAAUUUGCAUCGGGUUUCCCUCGAAAUCACUGGUUAUGACGCUGUGUCCGGGCAAUAUCCAGGCACCGUAGAUGGUGUCGAUGCGAUCGUGGUCACUGGAUCAGGCAACGGGGCAUACGAACCGAUUAAAUGGAUUCAAACGCUGGAAAAGUACAUUCAAGAUAUCUAUUCACAGUAUCCAUCGGUCAAGUUCUUUGGCGCCUGCUUCGGUCAUCAAAUCAUAAGUAAGGCGCUUCUUGCGGAUCAGGGGGUCGAGUUCACCAAUCUCUUACCCGAAGAGUUGCCCUUGGCUCUGGGCCAGCCUUGUCGUCUCUCUAUGCAAUUUGUUCAUGGCGACCAUGUCGUAAUUCCCGAAAAGGCGGACCUAUCUGGUUGGGUUCGACUUGGGGGUCAUUCUGAAUAUGACAUUGAGAUCAAUACGGCAAACAUGGAGUCCCUGGCAGAGAAGUUGGCGUGGGACGAAGAAUAUAUGGCUGAGACAAUGUCACUUGUUCAUCAUGAUGACGACUCGGCUAUAUUUGCGGAUGUGGUACUAGCAUUCUUCUUGAAAUAG